AUGACAAUGCAUGAAGUAUUACACCCUAAAAGUGAUGUGGAUCGGGUAUAUCUGCCAAAACAGAAAGGAGGAAGAGGAUUGAUCAGCUGUGAAAUGUGUGUGAAGACUGAAGAAAAUAAUCGGGCAUGGUAUGUCAGGAAUUUGAAGGAGAGAUUGAUGGAAGUAGUGAGAAAGACAAAAAUUCUGAACAGUGAGGGAGCAAAGGAAAAGAAUGAAUUCAAACAGGACAGACAAAAUGCCAUGGACAGAGAAAAAAAAUGCAUGGUCAAUUUACAAGGGAAAUGCCUGAGAGCUGACAAAGAGCGGAGUUGA